AUGGUCUACACAAUCGUCGUCCACCUCCGCGCCAAACCCGACGCCGAAUCAAUCUCCAAACUCCACGCCAAACUCCUCGAAGCCUCCGCCAUCUACUCCAAAGACAAAGAAACCCUAUCCUGGUUCGUCAUGCAAUCCGUACACGACAAGCAAGAUUUCACCAUCGUCGAGCGCUACGAGCGUGAAUCUUCGCAGGAAUAUCACUUGAAUAACCCCUACUGGAAGACUUUUGAUCCUUAUGUUAUUCCGUUGUUGGAGAGGGAGAUGGAUUUGAGGAGGUUUGAGGAGUUGGAGAGUGAGAAUUAA